UCACAAGAAAUACAAGUCAACUUUUAUGUAUCGUCAACGCCUUCGUGUAGACACGUCUCUUUAUAUUUAUGCAUCUCUCUCUUUCUCAAAAUAAUCUUUGUUUCAGAGCCAUUGAAGCAGUUCGUCUUUUUUUGGCUGCUGGAGAUUAACAACAUGGCAGCAAAUCGUCCACACGUGCCCAAGUUCGGAGACUGGAAGGAAGAUGUUCCAUUCACGGUAGUGUUCGAUAAAGCGAGUAGGACGAAGCAAACUGCAAACAAGUCUAACCCCAACGAGUAUCCAAAUAUGAAUCUAAGUCCUGCGCAAACUCCGAAUCAUAGAUAUGACCAACCACCAAACCACAAUGUACGACCAAGACAUGAAAGAUUCAGUAGCAGAGAAGAAACCGAGUUCAGAUCGUCUCCUGCACACAAUGAAAGAUACAACAGAGUCAGAGCUCCUCCUCCAGCAGAAACGUACAACCAUCAAGCAUGUGGUGGAGGUAGGUCACAUGGAAAUCCAUCGGAACCAAAUAGACGUCAACCACAUGAACCUCCAAGGGUGCAACCGAUACCCAAUCUUAGAGGUCGGAACAGUGAAAGGGUCGCAAUUCCGCCGUUUCCAGGAUCGGGUUCGGAGAAUCAGAGUUACACACUCAUCUUUGACAAAGUGAAGGAAGACAGGAGACAAAGUGGGAAUGUGAAGUCUUACAAUGGAUCUGCUCAUACCACCCCGAGUCGACCACUCAACGACCAACACCACCAACCGCUACCUUCUAGUCCCAAGAGUUGCUGCUUCCCUCCAUGGGGCCGAAAGUGAAGCAACUGAAGAUAAUUCGUUUCUUCUUUUUCAUCAAAUUCCUUGUUUGUUGUUUGCUUCUGCAUAAUUUUUUAUUUGCUGUUACGUACUCUCUUUUGUGUUUAUUUUUUUUAUUUCGAUUGAUAACACCACAAUUUCGUCUCUAUUAUUGUUAUAUGAGUUGCAUGGUAAUGCUUUAGGCUAAGUACAUUGCAAACCGGGACACAAGUACAUGCA